CCCACUUGCAGUGCAAAGACCGACAAGCAAGAAGACUCCGAAGCCGGGAGUAGAAGUACCAACAUUUGAAUCCUGGAGCCGAGAGAGAGAGCAGACAGAGCAGCGUGAUUUUUCUUUGCUUUUGACUUGUUUUGCUUCCACGGACUGUCUCUGCUGGAGCUCCAACGCAACUAAAACCCUGAUUCGCAACCUCCGCUAUACGCCAGUUUUCUCUGGACGUAGCAUCUAAACUAAAGUUGGUAGUAAACUCUUUGGAGUUUGGUUAGAGUCGCAAUAUUUUGUUUCUUUGCUUGCGCGAGUGGACUGCACUGAAAUUUUGGGGAACGACCCGUUGUGAGAACCGGGUGUCGGGCUUCGGACCUGGCGCAUCCUUUCGGCGGCUUCACACACACCGCGAAAGUUUUUGGCCGGACGACGUCUGAAGUCAGAGUCAGAGAGGCUCUGAAGAAGACGACGACGAAGAAGAAGCACACCCGGACGAGCUGCGAGGAAACGACUUCGAGCUCCCUCGCUGAUACGGACAUGAUAAAGUGUCUGAUGCACUAAAACCUGCAAAUCCAACAAUACUUCAGAGAGGUGUCAUCGAGAAGUCAAAAGUUCUGACCAGAAGUGCAGUAACUUGCAACAAAGAAGUCAAAGAAACAGCCUGGUCAAACCAGCUAUCACAGAAACAAGAAUAAGACCAUCCUCUAUCCAAGCCGGCCCAAUGAUGUGGUCAGCUCUCACCGGCCCCUGUGUGGCCCUCGUGCUGCUCUUCUUCGGUUUGACUUCCUGCACUCCCUCCGGCCCGGCCUCCGCCACCUGUGCCACCCUGGAACAGAGUCGCUUCUUUGGAGUGUUCACCUCUACGACCACCCUGCCCUCCACACCGUGCUCCUGGACCCUGCAGAACCCCGAUCCUCGCCGCUACACCGUCUACAUGAAGAUCACCAAGCCAACCGACUCCUGCGUCCCCCGCCAGAUCAGGACCUUCCAGUUUGACUCCUUCAUCGAGACCUCCCGCACCUAUCUGGGCAUGGAGAGCUUCGACGAGGUGGUCCGACUGUGCGACGCAUCAACCACUGUCACCUACCUGGAGUCCAGCAAGCAGUUCCUGCAGAUCCGCAAGGUGGCGCCAAGAAAUGGUCUGGAGAUCAUGGAGGAGCAGGACGUCAGUGAGUUCAAGGCUGAGUUCUUGGUCGUGGGGAAGAGGAACCCGAGUAUGCCCGCCUGCCAGAUGCUGUGCCAGUGGCUGGAGAAGUGCCUGUCCAGUAGCACCCAUGACUAUCCCUGUGGCAUCAUGAACACACCCUGCCAGUGCUGGGAGGCCCCAAAGAGGAAGCCAGGAAGCUGCUACAGGGGCGGUGUCUACGUCGAGAAAUGCCUUCCUGUGCCCAGAGACAACGGACGCGAUGCUGAAAUCAUCAAAGGCUGGGCUGGAUGGGGCCGCUGGUCAGUAUGCAGCCAGGAGUGCGGUGGCGGAGUCCAGGUGCGUAGCCGAGGCUGCCAGCCCGAGGAUGGCGUGUGCGAGGGAACAGUCGAAGAGGGGCGCGCCUGCAACCCUCAGGCCUGCAUUGGCAAAGAGCGCAACAGGAGCCAGGGUCUGCGAGCCAUCGUCGGUUUGAAGAGAGACAACGCUGAUAAUACUAACCUAGGAGCUGUUGCAACCCAAACAGUAGAUGUUAAAUCAGAUGAGUGGUCUUCCUGGAGCUCCUGCUCAGUCACCUGUGGAGAGGGCUGGCAGAGCCGUACCCGCGUCUGCGCCACUUCCUCCUUCACCACCCAGUGCACCGGCCCCCUGCGUGAGAACCGGCCCUGCAACAACACCGUGGUCUGCCCUGUGGAUGGCGCUUGGGAUGAGUGGACCCCCUGGAGCCUGUGCUCAUCCACUUGCGGUCGGGGUUAUCGUGACCGUACCCGCACCUGCAAGCUGCCCAAGAAUGGAGGAGAGCCUUGCCGCGGCCCCACAAGACAAACCAAGUUCUGCAACAUCGCCGUCUGCCCAGUGGACGGAUCCUGGAAUGAGUGGUCUGCCUGGAGUGCGUGCUCCGCCUCUUGCUCCAACGGCACCAUGCAGAGAACACGGGAGUGCAACGGUCCAUCCUACGGCGGCUCUGAGUGCCAUGGCGGCUGGCAAGAGACAGUCAACUGCUUCCUGAAAGAUUGUCCCGUUGAUGGACGUUGGCACGCAUGGAGCGCUUGGGGCAGCUGCAGCAAGACUUGCGGUGGAGGCAUCCAGCAGAGGCAGAGAGUGUGUGAAGGGCCUUUCUUUGGUGGAGAGCCAUGCCCCGGUGAUAAGGGAGAGCAGAAGCGCUGCAAUGAGAAGAGAUGCCCUGAGCCCCAUGAGAUCUGCCCUGAGGAGAACACUGGAGAUGUUGUCUGGAAGAAAACCCCUGCUGGAGACAUGGCCGCCAUCGCCUGCCCCGCCGAUGCCUCAGGUCUGAUUCUGCGCCGGUGCACCCUGGACGCCGUAGGCCUCGCAUCCUGGGAGAGCCCCACUCACAUCAAGUGUGUCUCAGAGAACUAUGAGAACAUUCGGAAGCUGUCGAGGGACUACGUUUCCAAAGCGCAGAUGGGGCAGAGCGUGGACGGGGUCGCCGAGGUGAUUUCGCGGCUGAGAUUCUCCUCUGAUGAAGGGGCCAAGUACAGCGGCGAUCUCUUGGCCGUCAUGGAAAUCCUGAAGAACACCACUGAGCUGUACAAGGGAACCAGCAACCAGAAAUUGAGCAACGCUGACACAGAGAACUACGUCCAGACCAUCAGCAACUUACUAAAGGAGGAACAUCGUGACAAAUGGGAAGAGGCACAGCUGAUGGGUGCUAACAUCAAGGAGUUCCUCCGCCUUGUUGAGGACUUUGUGAGCAUGCUCGGGAUGAAAAUGAGCGGCUUCCAGGACAUUUACGAAGUCACCGAGAAUUUAGUGCUGAGCAUCCACAAGCGCCCGACGACUACAAGCUCCAACUUCACCUUCCCCGUGAAGGGCUGGAGGGGCAUGCUGGACUGGGUCAGGAACUCUGAGGAGAAGAUCUCAGUGUCCCGGGACGCUCUGUCCAUUGAGCAGGCUGAUGGAAACGAUGCCAUUGUGACUGGAAUCGUCCUCUACAAAAACCUUGCAUCUAUUCUGUCCUUCCACAGUAACACCACCCUCAUCAACUCCAAGGUGGUGACCGUGAUCGUCAAGCCCACCCCAAAUUUCCUCUCGACCCCCGUUGAGAUCGAGUUCCCCCACCUCCACAAUGACACCCUCAAUGAGACAUGCCUCUCGUGGGACGAGAGCGAAACUUCCUCUCUGCUCGGGUCUUGGUCUGCUCGGAGCUGCAGAGCGGUCCCCGUUCAUUCAUUCAGAACCAAAUGCGUGUGUGACAGCCUCUCCACCUUCGCCAUUUUAGCGCACGUCAACUCCGACACGGACAUGGACAAGACACUGCUCCCGUCCGUGACUCUCAUCGUUGGCUGUGGGGUCUCCUCUCUCACCCUGCUGCUCCUCAUCAUCAUCUACGUCUCCGUGUGGAAGUACAUCCGCUCCGAGCGCUCCGUGAUCCUCAUCAACUUCUGCCUCUCCAUCAUAUGCUCCAAUGCCCUCAUUCUGGUCGGACAGACUCAGGCUCGCAACAAGGUGGUGUGCACUCUCGUAGCCGCUCUCCUGCACUUCUUCUUCCUCUCCUCUUUCUGCUGGGUGCUGACAGAAGCUUGGCAGUCCUACAUGGCUGUCACUGGUCGUCUGCGCAACCGCAUCAUCCGCAAGCGCUUCUUAUGCCUGGGCUGGGGCCUUCCCGCACUGGUUGUGGCCGUGGCUGUGGGUUUCACAAAGGCUAAGGGAUAUGGCACUGUCACCUACUGCUGGCUGUCUCUUGAGGGCGGACUCCUCUACUCCUUUGUCGGUCCUGCUGCAGCUGUUGUUUUGGUGAACAUGGUCAUUGGUAUUCUGGUCUUCAACAAGCUGGUGUCCAAGGACGGUAUCACCGAUGUGAAGCUGAAGGAGAGAGCCGGAGCAUCGCUGUGGAGCUCUUGCGUGGUUCUGCCCCUCCUGGCCCUCACCUGGAUGUCCGCCGUCCUGGCCAUCACCGACCGCCGCUCCGCCCUCUUCCAGAUCCUCUUCGCCGUCUUCGACUCUCUGGAGGGUUUCAUCAUCGUCAUGGUGCACUGCAUCCUGCGUAGAGAGGUCCAGGAGGCUGUAAAGUGCAGAGUGGUCGACCGCAAGGACGACGGCAACGGAGACUCUGGCAGUUCCCACCACAAUGGCCACUCCCAGCAUAUGCAGUCGGAUAGCGAAAAGGAUGGAGAUUCAAGCAGACAAGGAAUGAAGAGCUCCUCUGAAGAGAAGAUGCCCCCCCCUCAGCUUCCUCUUCCCAUGGGCUCCGGCUUCCACACCCUGCCAUCCAACCCCAGCAAGAGCCACAUGCAGGCGGUCCCCGAGUACUCCAGCCACACCCUCACCCUGAAGAGAGAGAAGAGCCGCCUGGCCGGAGGGGUCGACCCCUCCUGCGGGAAACCCGUGUACGUCUGCGAAGGGGAGCUCUUCCAGCAGCUAGAUGCCGAUCUCGCCCGUGCUCACGCCGAGGGAAGCAUGUCCGACGGCAGCGGUUACGUCCUCAUGCCCAACACCACCUCCACCCUGAGGACCAAGCCCAAAGAUGACAUGACGAAAUACAACAUCAGCGUGGAGCAGCUCCCCCAGGCCAGGCUGAUGCACCUCAGCGGGCCCUUCGCCGAGCCCCAGGCUGCCUUCGGAAUGAAGUCGAUCCCCCCAGACCAGGUCAGCGUGUCGUAUUCGGAGAGGGACUCGCCCAUCCAGAACAUCCACAACAUGUCGAGCGAGUCUCACAUCACCCACAGCAGCCUGGAGAACACCUUCGAAUCCAUGAACUCCAUGAUGUCCAAGAGUGAGACCAUCUCUACACUGUCAAUGAGCUCCUUGGAGAGACAGAAAUCCCGCUAUGCUGAGUUGGACUUUGAGAAAAUCAUGCACACAAAGAAACGCCACCAGAACAUGUUCCAGGACCUCAACAGGAAGCUCCAUCAUGCUGAGAAAGACAGAGAGUCGCCCGCCUCCGACAGCAAGUCUGUGAGAUGGAGUGUGUCUUCAGGAGGAAGUGACAAAACGAACCACAGUGACAAACAGCAGGGUACCAUGGAGAGGCCAUGGGAGGGAGUCCGGGGGAUCCCACAGUCACCCCCCGCGUGGGUCCGCAAAGACCUGGAGCCCCUAGCUGCCUCGCCCCUGGAGCUGCACUCUGUGGAGUGGGAGAAGGCCGGCACCACCAUCCCUCUGGUGGGACAGGACAUCAUCGACCUGCAGACAGAGGUCUGAGGGGGAGGAGGGGGGCUCGCGAAGCCACCUGAUUUCACCUUGUUCGCCUUUUUUGGUUUGGGAACGGUAUCCUGUAUGGAUAGAUUAGAGGAAACCAAGAAAGUAAGAAAGUUGGUCCCAGAAUCAAUGUCUUCAAACCCUCAGCCAGAGCAAGAAGGAAGGGAGAGAAGGAGAUGUAGAGGUGGUGGUGGUGAUGGGAUGUUUUAAUGUAGCUUCUCUGUGUGGACUUUAAAAGCAUCUCGUGUCAGAGUGCUCUGAAGGUCAAGGGUGUUAGUGCAGCAAGCGGCGGGUUCCAUGGACCAGGACUGGCUGUGGUUCCAUUAACGCUUCACUGGGAGUUUCCUGAACCCCCUCGAGCCUGGGUUCAGAGGAUGCAGUCGACUGUGCUUCUUUAUUUCCUUCACUUAACUUUGGAGAAAGAAUAAAAUAAUAUAACGCGGUGCGUCCUCCCUGCUUCUUGGGAGGAACAACCGGAACUCUUGGCUGCUCCUCUUUCAGCCAAAGUUACCUUCCAAACUAGGACGAGGCGAGAGAGCAGAAGGGACCAGUUUCAUGCUUGGAGUCCAACACUUUGACAGAUGGGCGCACACAAUUUUUUAUCGUGCCGUGGGUUAUUUUAUUUUUUUUUCUGUGUUUGUUUUGCGCUGCUUCUCACUUGGAACUGCUCAAAAGCCUAAAAUGAGACUCUGUGCUGAGAACUUAGGCUUAAUCACGCUGACAGUGCUUCUUACUCUUGUUAUCACCAUGGUUAUGAUUAUGAUUAUUAUUAUUCCGAUGAUUAUUGUCAGUGUUAUCGUCAUUAUUGAGUUAACAGCCGAUAUUUUAAUUUUUUUCGUCCCUCUAACGAGUGUCAGGCACAAGUUUUAUCACUUUAAAACUGUGAACUAGAACAGUAGGCUCCAGAAGAAAAAAAAAUGAUUCAAUGCAUCAGUAAUGUGUUGUGAGCCCAUACGGACUGCAUCGGGACAAACACACUGAGUGGUGAUGGAGGUGCAGGUUAGCUACAUUGUUUCCUGGUUUCUCCAGCAUUCUGCUUCGAUACCAAAACACCAGCACCGGGACGAACACAGACUCUCACACAGGAAAGAGCAGUGCACUCUGGGGAAAAAAAAAAACAACGCUGGAUGGUUAGUGAGGAGGUGGAGGAAUGUUUGGUUUUUUCCACCCCCCUCUCUCUCAGCUGGCACAAGAUGCAGGCUCUUCCAUGUCGUACAUGAGGAUCCGAGGGGUCAGCGCGAGACCUUUCAUCAUCGCCCUUUUGUUUCUCAGCCUUGCAGGACUCUUGGAGCAAGCAGAGGCUCCUGGCGGCUUCCAGUUCAGCGUCAGGUCCUCGAGACUUCAACACAUUUGUGUUUUCAGCCAUCAGUGUGAAAUAGUGCAAUAUGAUGGGCGCUUGAUGCUCAAGCAAGACUGAUAAUAUGAUUUAGGCAGAAUUUUUUCUUACCAAUGUUUCAAAAACUUUUAUACCAUCUUCCUCAUAUAGAUGCUUUAUGAGAAUAUUGUAUGACAAAUCUGUAUUAGUAAUUCAAGGAAUUUAUUCACUAGAGAUCUGUUAGCACAUGACUCCAUAUUUGGAGCUCUCUGUGACAGGUAGAUUAUUGUACUUCUAUAAAGCAAACAUUAUAUAGAAUGAAUGAUAGCCUAUGAAUAUCUAAAAACUGUGCUUCAGGAUAUUUGUUUUUACUCUCCGCUGUGUAGCGGUGGGUAAUUGAACCUCAUGUCUUCUGUAAAGGUGUGUUUUUGAUAACCUUGUCAGUAACUCAGUAUUAUGUACUACCAGCCAAUUCCCCUUGUCCCUUCCAAUUCCUCUGUCCCCACCUCAGCCCGAUUCAUACCUCGAGUUACAUGUACUGAACACCCAUUUGUAUUUUCUUGUCUCGACUUUGUUUUUUAUGUUCUGUUUUACCUCCUGUAAAUGUACAGUUUUCACAGCACAAAAUGAAUGUGACUUAUUUCUAAUAAAAAAACACAUCUAUAUUACAUGAA